GCUUUCGCCGCCGUGCGAUUGCGAUCGAGAGUCGCGCGCGCUUCUUGCCGCGGCAACACCCGGGAUAAUGGGGUUAGGCAACUUCCGAUUGCGACUCGUCAUCGUCUUCGUCGUUGGUCUCCUGCUUUGGCAGACCUCGAAGAUUUGGUUGGCGUUCCUACAAGGCGAUCUGCAAGAACUUCAGGUGGGCCAAGCGGCGACAGCGUUGAGCCAAAAGGAUGACCCGACUCAUCAAAAAGUACACGUGGCCGUCUAUUACGAAACACGAUGCCCGGAUUCGCGUUAUUUUAUCGCGAAACAAUUAAGACCAACAUACCAGAAACUUCCGGCGAAUAUCGAAUUCGAAUUGAUACCGUACGGAAAGGCUUCGACGGUGAAGACAAACGACGGAUAUCAAUUUGUAUGCCAACACGGAUUCGUGGAGUGUGAAGCAAAUAUUAUACACGCAUGUUCCAUCGACGUUAUCAAGGACCCGUCGAUACAACUGCAAUUUAUCACUUGUAUGAUCGAAAAUAACGACAAUCCGAUAGGAAUAAUGCAAGAGUGCGCCAAACGCAUAUCCGUGAAUUUGGAGUCCAUACAAGAGUGCUACAGCAACGAAAAGGGAAAGGAACUCUUGGCCAAUUAUGGCAAGCUGACGAACUCGCUCGGGCCAAGAUUGUCUUUUAUACCGGAGAUUACCUUAGAUAAGAACUUCGAUCCCAACGCUCUAAAGUGUAUUUCCUAUGUAUAUAUUAUUUCAAAAAUUGGACUUCCUAUUGUCGUGGCCAGUCCUAUGAUAACGCUGCAAAUAUGA